AUGGCGGCGCGCAGACCCCCCGUCAAGAGUCGUGAGUUUGAUUAUUCAAACGUUGGGAAAGCCGGAAGGCGAACCGGAAUCACACUCAAGGAAGGCAAACGUGACGAGCAUGGCAUGGAAGAGCUCGAGGGAAUGUUCUCUUCCCCUGAGAAAUCCCCUGCGAGAACAAACGGGUUUGGGAAUGAUGGAUUGAUGAAUUCUGGGGAGAUGGAGACAGGAGGAAGCAGUAGUAUUCCAGAUCCAUCAGACGUUUUAUCAGCUAGGCGGGGAGGCCGAAACGCUUACCUUCCUCCACCGCGAUCGCGCUCUCCAAUGAAAACCCUUAUGAGCGGGUCUCCUCGACGAACUCCCGGAUUGCGUUCUUCUCCUCUACCACAAAGCGAAUUCUCAAGCCCAACAUCUGCACAUGUGGCAGCAAAACGGACAAUUAACCUAACUCACCCGCUCCCUCAAACGUCAAAAUCUCCUUUGAAGCAAGCUCGAUCUCAGUCCCACCCCGACUCAGAAGAGGAAGAGGAGGCGGAAGCGGAACAGGUGGAAGAGGAAGAGGAAGAGGAAGAGGAAGAUACAGAACAAGAGGAGAGUGAAGUUGAAGAGGAGGCUCCUGAAAUUAUAGCUCACGAUGCAGCAGAUUUUUCUGAUGACGCCAACCACCUAAUCGAAGAUGAGGCAGAGGAUAAUGAGUUUGUUGAACCCCCUGGUGAUUACCACGAGGCUGCCACGCAUGACGACGUAGAUGCGGAAUCAUCUGGAGCAGAGGAGGACCAAGCUGAGGAUUCGCCAGCACCAGUACUGAACACUUCAAGUAAAGGCAAUAAACGGAAAGAACUGGACAAGGAUGUCGAGAAAAGUGACGAUAAAUCCACAAGGAACCCUUCGGCUAAAAGACGUGGAAGGAAGCCGAAAGGCCAGCAGGAAGAGCGCGGUCAGGAGCCUAAUACUGACGACGAGAACCCCCGACCAGCAAAGAAGGUAAAGAAGACUACUACUAAAUCUAGUAAUCUUCAAAUGACUACCGAGCAGGAGAAAGAUUUGCAAAAUGUCGUGGAAAAUAUCACUAAAAACGACGGACCACUUAAUAAGAAGCGCACCUACUGGCGCAAUGAGAAGUGUGUUUACGGAACUGGUGACGCGGAAGUUGGCCAGAGGUUUCCGCUCUCUACAAUCAAGGAGAUCAUACGAACGGAGGACCCUGAUAUCGAUCAGUCAGGGAGGAAACGAAGUUCAAAAAAGAAAUCAAAAAGUAAAAAGAAGGGAGGAUAUGAAUCAGAAGAUGAGCCAGAUGAAAACACUGAGCCCUGGGAGACGCAAGAGGGCGUUUUUUAUGGUCCCGUAAAGAUAUGGGACCCAGAACAACAAGCUGGAACCCAGGAGGAAGAAAUGAUGGACGUGGCCUAUGCUCCUUCAGCGAUUGAGACACAUGAAGUCAAGGAUUCUACAUUCCGAUUUGCGAAGAUUCUCAGUACACCAUUUCUCGGAUCUGGUUUUGUGGAAAUGCCUCCAAAUGCUGUCAAGAAGCAGAAAAAUUCAAAACGAAUGCAUAUGGUUUUUUUCGUUUAUUAUGGUAGGAUACGCGUCGAUAUUGCAGGUUUGCAAUUCAGCGCCGGCAAGGGUUGUGUCUUCCAGGUACCUCGAGGAAACAAUUACAGCUUUGCAAAUGAGUAUAAAAAGCCAGCAGCCAUAUUUUUUACGCAGGGCUGCAUACCCCUAGAUGCGGAUGGGAAUGUUGAUACCGGCGUUACUGCCCCACCACUACCAGAGGCACCUCCAGCUCAAACAAAAAAUAACGCUGCUGAAAAGGGAGGUAAAAGGAGAGGUCGUCCGAAGCAGGGUACUAAAGCAGGAUGA